AUGGCUGCAAGAAAACCUCCAGUUGCACCUCUUGUGGUUGUGCUAGGAUCUACGGGCACGGGCAAGUCAGAUGCAAGUCUCAAGCUGUACUCUCCAUGGGAUGUUGACGACUUUAAGCGAGAGGCUACUCGCACAAUAAGAGAGAUUCGCGAACGAGGCCGCUUGCCUAUUCUCGUAGGCGGAUCGCAGUAUUAUGUCGAUCCAAUUCUCUUCAAAGAGGUUAUUCUGGACGACCUGGAGCUGGACACCACCAAGUCGUUUCCCAUCCUACAGGAAUCGGCCGAAGUUAUGCUUCAUGAGCUCCGAAAGGUUGACCCCGCCAUGGCCGAAAGGUGGCAUCCCAAGGAUCGUCGAAAAAUCCAACGUUCUUUGGAGAUCUACCUGAGAAGCGGCAAGCGAGCAUCUGAGUAUUAUGCCGAGCAACAGGCUCGAAAAGAAGCUGCGCAAAAAGACGCCAACAAGGAACCUUGGGAGAACCUGUUGUUCUGGGUCUACUCUGAGCGAGAGGUAUUGACAGAGCGUCUGGAUAAGCGAGUGGACAAGAUGCAAACGAGUGGACUCAUGGAUGAAGUACGAGAACUUUACGAUUUCAAGCACAAGAAGGAAGCAGAGGGCCAAAAGCUCGACAUGACAAAGGGCAUAUGGCAGUCAAUUGGCUACAAGCAGUUUGAACCGUACUUGUUUGCCAUUGACGAAGGGCAAAAAGCUGCCGAGCUUGAGAAAUUAAAGCGUGCCGGACUCGAUAAGAUGAAGGCUGCAACAAGACAGUACGCUAGCUACCAAACUCGCUGGAUCAGACUCAAGCAGAUCCCACGGAUACACGAGGUUGGCCCCGAAGCCAUGGGCAAUCUAUAUCUCCUUGACAGCACCGAUGUCAAUGCGUAUGGUAAAAAUGUGGUUGAGCCUGCGGUACAACUGGCGCAGCAGUUCCUUCGAGGCGAGGAACGUCCACGGCCGACAGAGAUAUCUGCGCUUGCUCAAGAGGUUCUUACACAAGUUGGCAACCCGCCUCCUAAAGCGACACCAUGCAAACGCGUUUGCGAAGUUUGCCAUACAACAUUAUUGACCGAGGAGGCCUGGAAGCAGCAUCUGAGGAGCUCAACUCACAGGCGUGUUGUUCGUAGGAAGGCGAGGACGGCUCUUGUGCCGGUGGAACAUAAAAACGAAAAGAAAGAGAAGACUCAAGUGGAUGAAGCAGACUCUGGUCCAGAGCUGGGGUCCAUCUUCUCGGAAUGA